AUGGACAGCCGCCUGCAGGAGAUCCGGGAGCGGCAGAAGCUCCGGCGGCAGCUCCUCGCCCAGCAGUUGGGAGCGGAAAGUGCCGACAGCAUUGGCGCCGUGUUAAACAGCAAAGAGGAGCAGAGAGAGAUCGCCGAAACCAGGGAGACCUGCAGGGCUUCCUAUGAUACCUCUGCUCCAAAUGCGAAACGUAGGUCUCAGGAUGAAGGAGAGACAGAUGAGGACAAGAUGGAAGAAUAUAAGGACGAGCCUGAGAUGCAGCAGGAGGAAGAGAACCUGCCGUACGAGGAGGAGAUUUACAAAGACUCCAGCACAUUCCUCAAGGGAACACAGAGUUUAAAUCCUCAUAAUGAUUACUGCCAGCAUUUUGUAGACACUGGACAUCGACCUCAGAAUUUCAUCAGGGAUGUAGGCCUGGCGGACCGGUUUGAAGAGUACCCCAAGCUGCGGGAGCUCAUCCGGCUGAAGGACGAGCUGAUAGCCAAGUCCAACACUCCGCCCAUGUACUUACAAGCAGACAUCGAAGCCUUUGACAUCAGAGAGCUCACCCCCAAAUUCGAUGUGAUUCUUCUGGAACCCCCUCUGGAAGAGUAUUACAGAGAGACCGGCAUCACCGCCAACGAGAAGUGCUGGACGUGGGAUGACAUCAUGAAGCUGGAGAUCGACGAGAUUGCGGCGCCGCGGUCGUUCAUUUUCCUCUGGUGUGGCUCCGGGGAAGGGCUGGACCUCGGGAGAGUGUGUUUGCGCAAGUGGGGCUACAGAAGGUGUGAAGAUAUUUGUUGGAUUAAAACCAAUAAGAACAACCCUGGGAAGACGAAGACGUUGGAUCCAAAGGCUGUCUUCCAGAGAACAAAGGAGCACUGCCUCAUGGGCAUCAAAGGGACCGUGAAGCGCAGCACCGAUGGGGACUUCAUUCACGCCAACGUGGACAUCGACCUGAUCAUCACGGAGGAGCCGGAGAUCGGGAACAUAGAGAAGCCCGUGGAGAUCUUCCACAUCAUCGAGCACUUCUGUCUGGGGAGGAGGCGCCUGCACCUGUUCGGGAGAGACAGCACAAUCCGGCCGGGCUGGCUCACGGUGGGGCCCACGCUGACCAACAGCAACUACAACGCGGAGACGUACGCGUCCUACUUCAGCGCCCCCAACGCCUACCUGACGGGCUGCACCGAGGAGAUCGAGCGGCUGCGGCCCAAGUCGCCCCCGCCCAAGUCCAAGGCCGACCGGGGCGGCGGCGCCCCCCGGGGCGGGGGGCGAGGAGCCGCGGCGGGCCGGGGGCGCGAGCGGAACCGGUCCAACUUCCGCGGGGAGCGCGGCGGCUUCCGGGGAGGGCGAGGCGGGGCGCACCGCGGGGGCUUCGCGCCCCGGUAA